GGAAUUCGCUUCCUCUGCGCGCGUAAUAUACGGCUGGUUUACGUGCGUAACAAUGUGCCUCACGACGUCGUCCUAGAAUCUGACCUGAUCAGCGAUAUGUCUAAUUAUAAAACUGUACACGACACUAAAUUAAUUGAGUAUAAAGUGAGGUAUGUUCCUUUCAUUGAAUUUCGAUAUCAUCACUUCAUUUCACAGUUCAACUACAAGAAUCUCAAGCUUGUUUCUUCACAUCACCCGGUCUUCAUUUCAUAAACCCCAAAUAAGAUUCUUAUGUCAAACAUGUCUAUCACUACAGCCCAAGUUAACCCCUCAAUCGCCCUUUUUGGUGCGACGGGCGGCACGGGGCUUGCAAUACUCAACGAAAUCCUCUCUUCUUCAUCUACCACUCAUCUCAAUGUCCUGUGUCGUACCCCGUCAAAACUCUCUCAAUUUUCCAAUAAAACUAUCUACCCCAACCUUCACAUCAUUCAAGGUGACAUCCGCGAUGCCACCGCCUUGAAAUCCGCACUUAUCGACCCAGCCACCCAUCUCCCCGUCGAUAUCGUCGUCUCUUCUCUAGGCAUGACUCUCAUCCGUUCCUCGACUUUCUCAAUGAAAUGGUCAGAUCCAACUCUCUGUCAGGAUGGUGUCAAAAAUAUCUUGAGCACAUUGGAUUCCCUAGAAGUAGAACAUGGGCCAAAGAACGUGAAGACAAAGGUGAUCGUGGUGAGCACGACAGGAAUCAGUAGGAAAGGAAGAGAUAUCCCUUGCAAGAUGAGACCGCUGUAUAGUCUUGGAAAAACUCCUUUUGAGGACAAGAUACGAAUGGAGGAGGAAAUUGUGAGGUGGGCGGGAGAGGGAGAGGGAAAGAGGUGGAUGGCGGUUAGGCCGAGUUUGUUGAUCAAUGGCGAAGCGAAGAGAACAGUGGUUAAGAUUGGAUGGGAGUUCCCUGGGGCUGCGGAUAGAAAGAGCGAAGACGAGCGAGAGAAUGAUGUGGUAGAGAAGACGGAGGAAGGGGAAGAUAAGUUGGAGAUUGGCUAUCAGAUAACUCGAGGAGGAGUUGGAAAGUGGAUUUAUGAAGAAGGCAUUAGAAAUGGAGGGAGGAGUGAAUGGGAAGGAAGGUUUAUGAGUUUGACAUAUUGAUAUUCUUGGGGUUCUUUCUUGCGGGCGUUGUUUCUUAGCUUCCUUACUCUAAAUACCCUGUUUCUCGGCGAGAUUCGACGUUAUAGCUGUGUAGUUUAGAAUACUCUCUUUUCGAAUUUAUGAGUUUCUUUCAAAGCCAUAGUUUGCUCUUCAGCUCCAAUUUCUCA